UGAUCUCUCCUAAAAAUGUGGGAGUUUUUUUACUUUGUUUUUUCAGUGAAUCAUACUGUCAAAGAUGUAACGACCGAUUUCACUUGGAAAAGAGAUAGGCUCUUUGAUAAAAAUUGUUGCCAGGCCAUAUUAGAUAUUUGCAAGGAAAAUCCCCAAGCUGUUGUGGAAAGUGUUGAGAGUAAAGAGAAAAGUAAAUGGCGUCCGCUACCCUUAGACACAGUGGAAAUGGAAAAAAAUGCUUCAAGAAAGCUGAAAAUUAAUGCUAAAGAUGCAAUGAAAAUUGCCGAAAAAUUAUAUACUCAAGGAUUCAUUAGUUAUCCACGUACUGAAACAAAUAUCUUUCCUAAGGAACUGAAUUUGACGAAUUUAGUUGAGCAGCAAAGAGAUGAUCCAAGAUGGGGGCCAUUUGCUCAGAGGAUUAUAAACGAAGGUGGUCCAACUCCCAGACAAGGAAGAAAGUCUGAUCAGGCUCAUCCUCCGAUACACCCAAUUAAACUCGCCACAAAUUUGACAGGCAAUGAGCAGCGACUGUAUGAAUACAUUGUUCGACACUUUCUGGCAUGCGUCCAUAAAGAUGCUAAAGGUUUUGAAACCACUGUCAUUGUGGAUAUAGCUAAUGAAAAAUUCACUGCCAAGGGGUUGGUUGUUUUGGAAAAAAACUAUUUGGAUGUUUACAUUUAUGAAAAGUGGAACGCUAAAGAAAUGAAUAACUAUAGUAUUGGCGAUACCUUUAUUCCCACUGUGUUGGAUAUUGUCGAGAGCUCCACGAGCCCACCGAAACUGUUAACCGAAGCUGAUUUGAUAGCUCUUAUGGAAAAGCAUGGAAUUGGCACAGAUGCCACCCAUGCCGAGCAUAUUGAUAAAAUCAAAUCUAGGGAGUAUGUAGGUUUGCACGAGAAUAUGUACUUUGUCCCAGGUAUACUCGGAAUGGGUUUAGUGGAAGGAUACAACAAUAUUGGAUUGGAGGUAUCAUUAGCGAAGCCCGUUCUACGAGCGGAAUUCGAAAAUGAUUUGAAAUUGAUAUGCGAUGGUUUGAAAAAUCCAGAAGAAGUGAGACAAGAGCAGAUAGCAAAAUAUCGAGCAGUUUUCCAGACGGUGUUGCAAAAAUUACAGCUCAUCGAUGAAAGUCUAGCAAACAGACUAGACGACAGACCUGUUGCCAUUGCAAAUGAUACUGUUAGCAAUGAGGAAUAUAGACCUGCUAUGAAAUGUCCCAAAUGUGGCAACGAUAUGGUGCUGAGGAAUAAAAAAAAUGGACCGGGUCAAUUUUUAUCCUGUAAUGGUUAUCCAGAAUGCCGAAAUUCGAUCUGGUUUCCAACCACGGUGGAAAAGAUAGAAGUUCUAAAUGAACAUUGUCAAUAUUGUGGUCCAACAUAUAAAAAACUCAAGUUGAAGUUCAAGCGAAAUCUCUUUCCGGGGGAACCUAAUCCAAAUGUCUUGUGUAUUGGUGGAUGUGAUAUUAAUGUUUUAGAAACACUGGAUAUCAAUUUGUCAUCGGUUGCUCAAAGAACUGUGUCAAACAAUGGUGAUCCUAAUCUCCGUAAUCAAACCAUACUGAACAACACCAAUGUGCCUCAACAAAACAAUUUCAAUAACUUUGUACCUAGAAGUAAUCGUGACAGUGGUUACAACGAUAGCACAAGUAUAACAGAGUCUAAUGUUUCGAGGAGUAACAAUCAAACAAGAAACAGUUCGUGGAUAUCUACCGAUUUAACGAGAACUAGUCAGUCGAAUUCAACGAGAACUCUGAAUUUAUUGCCAGGACCUUCGCGGACUAGUUCUGGAUCCACAGUCCAGGAAGGACAUAUUGUGUGUGGCUGUAAUAACGACGCUAAAAUGCUCACCGUGAGAAAAGACGGAGCAAACAAAGGACGGAAUUUUUAUAAAUGUGCAAGUGACACCUGCGGAUUCUUUCUGUGGGCUCCUGAUACAGACGGUGUAUCUAGUGUGAGUAAUCAAAUCCAGAAUCAGAUUAAUCAAAAUUCUGAACCGAGAUGUAAUUGUCAUCAACCUGCAGUGCUGAGAACUGUUAGUAAAGCUGGCCCUAAUACAGGAAGAAAAUUUUAUGUCUGCUCAAAACCAAGAGGUCAAGGUUGUACUUUCUUCAAAUGGGCAGAUGAGGUAAUGUUGAUUUGUAUCAAGUUUUAUCACCUUUCUUAAAUUUUUUUUUGUUGAUGGGAGAAGUAAAACGGAAUUGCUUCUACUUCAGGAGUCACCUCU